AUGGCCAGCCUCAAGGGCCCUGGUGAAGCUCGGUCUUACGAUGGCUCUGGCAUUCGAAUUGCAAUUGUCCACGCACGGUGGAACACUCAGAUCAUCACCGCCUUAGUCAACGGCGCCCGCAAAGCAUUACUCGAGUCCGGUGUCAAAGAAGAGAAUAUUGUUGUUCAAGAUGUCCCCGGAAGCUUUGAAUUACCUUAUGCAGUGCAUAAGACCUACGAAAGCUCCAAAGUCCAGGCUGCGAAUGUGCCCACAAUCUCCGCUUCUGCGGUGACAGACUUGUUAUCCGCUGCACCAUUGUCAGACCUCUCCACGCCACAGCCUACAGCUGCUAGCCAGCAGGAUCCUCCCAAGUCUUCCCUAUCGGCUCCCUCAAAGCCAUUGCAGACGCCUUUCAACGCAAUCAUUGCGAUUGGCGUCUUGAUUAAGGGCGAGACGAUGCAUUUUGAGUAUAUAGCAGAUGCUACGAGUCACGGCCUUAUGAGAGUACAGUCAGAAUUGGGAGUACCCGUCAUAUUUGGACUAUUGACCGUGCUCAAUGAAGAGCAAGCUAAGGCAAGAGCUGGCUUAAGCUCAGGUUCUCAUUGCCAUGGUGAAGACUGGGGUAAAGCUGCGGUGGAGCUGGCCAUGAAGAAAGCGGCAUGGGCGGAGGGAAAGUUCAUUCCAAAGACGUAA